CUGGAUUGAUGUCACUCAUUAACUUGUAUCGUAAUAAUCACAGAUUUGGUAGAGCAAUUAAACAACUUAGUGCAGUUACGUUUUGGUGGUCGACGAAGGUUCUUGUUCCUAAGAAAUACCUGAGCAGAAGUAGACAUGGACAAUCCAGGAAGUGAUUCUGGUGUAUCUAAUUUUUCAACCUUUAUAAAAGGAAAAAGUAAUUUACCAAAUUGUGAAGUAACAAAACGUUAUGUUGAAGUUGACGGUGAAAUAAUAUCGGUAGAUGAUGAGUUUACUUCUAAAGAGGAUCAAAAGUUAAAUUUAGAAAAUAAUGACAAAUCAUUCAUUUAUAAUGAUAAAAUUCAUGAUAAUAACAAUUAUAAUAAAACGUUUCCACUACCAAGCACAUCAAAACAAUAUAUGGAGAAUAAAGUUUAUCAAGGUGGCGAUAUCAAUCAUGUAAAAGAUGAUAUGAAGGGAGUAAGAGCAGCUCUUUUGAAAAAAGGUAGAAAACAACUAGUUCGGAAACCACAACUAAUGCCACAACGAACUGAUGACGAAGAUUAUGAUCAAUUACACCAACGUAUAUUGAAAUUGAUUGAAAAAGAAAAAAAAUUGUACAAUGUAAAAGAACCAGAACCUCUGUAUUGGUGUUUAAUGGGCUCUGACUAUUCUUACUUCACGGACAUACUUCUAGAAGCUGUUUCCAAGGAUCUCAACAACUUUUCUUUGAUGAAAGAAAGGGCUCAAGAUGCUGAAGCGAUUAAAAUAAAAAUUCGUAUCGAUAAAGCUCAAGAAUUGCUUUUGAUGUUAUACGAUUGUUACAGCUUAAUUCACCACAGAUUAAGAGAAUUUCAAAAACAACACUCCCACAGUCGCUUCUACUCUUCACACCUCCGGAUCACUAAUCUGGAUUACGAAACGAAAUUGGAGCUUAUUGAAAAACAGAUUGAAGAUCUGAACCAUUUGUAAAUCACCAUUUACAUUCAAGUCAGAAAUUUAUCAUCGAUAAUUAUUUUCAAGUGAUAGUUUAACAUGUAGUUUCCUCAUUGUAUGUUGAUUAAUUAAUUAAUUAAUCACAAAAUUCAAAUUUUGUUUGGAAAAAAACAUUAAAUGUAAAAAAAAAAGACCAUUUGGCAGCCGAAAUGGAAGUAGAUUUCAUCAUAAAUAGAAAAAAAUAUAACGAGGAUUGUAUACAAAACUAGGGCUUUUAACUUCUAUGCAAUUAACAAAAAUAUAUAUCGACGGAAAAAUACUAAAACCAGUGCAAUAGCAAAUUUCAUAAUGGGCAUAGCGAAAUAGGACAUAAUUUUGAGACUACAUAUAUGAUAUGGUACUCAAAUUGAAGCUUAUUUA